UGAUAAUGUAUCUCACGCUCAUUGUUGUCAUGGUAACGAUUAGGUUCCCCUGUCCUAGUGACGGAGCAGCAGCGGCUCUACCUCCUCCUGUUGGUUCAGUCCAGACUCUGUUCAGUUGAUGGUAAUCUCAAUGACAUGUUCAAUACACUCCAUCACUUCUGUCUCUCUCUACAGCUGGACUGCCUCCACGCUGAGGUGGAGAGACUGAGUGUUGCUGUGUGUGGAGUGUAUAUGAAGGUGGAGGACUAUGUACCAGGACACCUCAUUAGACUGGUAUACUGGAGACACACUGGACCAGCUUAUCUACUGAAUAAUACCAGCUCCCCAUGGCCUCGUAUUACAAUAUACAUCAACCCUCACUCUCAGACCAGACAGUUAAUAACUAGCCACACCCCUCCACUAUCAAUAGACCUAUCACUGGUCCCUAAUAAGCUAUCAUUCCAGGACGUACUGGUACAGUGUAUCAAGUACAGGUCCCUAUCAAUACUGGAGAGACUCAAGAAACUCUUUAAUGAGACACCAUGGGAGAAUAAAGAGGCUUAGAAUCACAAGUAUCCUCACUAGCCUGACCUGUAAUGUGUACAUGUACAUGUAUACUG